AUGAGUACCUAUCAACAACAAGUGUUACACCAUCAAACAUGUGGUCAUGAUAGAAAUAGUGGAAAAUUUGUGUCUUCAAUACCUUCGGCAGGUGUUGGGGGACUCUUAAAGAACGUUUUGCGCAAAGCAGUCAGGGAAUUUUUAUUUGAAAUGAGAUGGUCACCUAUCAUCUGCGGCAGCAGCCAUAAUACUUGA